AUGUGUUUCCACCACUUCUUCGUUCGUUCCGCUACUGUUAUUUCGAAAGGGAAAGAGUAUGGAAUGUUGAUAAAUCGAACAGCAAAUAAUGCAAACUUUUUGUUGAAUCACAGUCCUCGCCCCGUUUCUUUUUAUUCGUCUUCUUAUUGCACUUUCAGUUUCUCUACUCAAGCUACUACUGCAACAGCAUCUGGUACUGCCUAUAACUUGUGGUGGAAUAACCCUCACUGUCACUACUACUACCACACACAGCAAAACAGACUAAAAACUAUAAACAAGAACGGUUACUACAUUCAGACACAGUUAUUGCAUACCAGCCGGGUUGACAACAUGAAGUUUGUACAAUUUCUUAGGACUUCUAAUGGGACCCAAACACGCGGCCUUGGUGUUGAGCUGCCCCUUUCAGACGAGAUUGUGGACUUGUCUGCAGCUGAUCCCACAAUACCCACAGAUAUGAAGACCUUUUUGGAAGGAUCCCGGACACACCUGGUUACGGCCUUACGAGCUGUGGAAAGUAACACGGAUCGAAUAAAGAAGGAAGAUGUUCAAUUGCUGGCUCCAAUCACCCAACCUGAUAAAUUAAUUUGUAUUGGAAUGAAUUACCAAGACCAUUGUGCAGAACAGAAUGUCAAGGUUCCAGUUGAACCAGUUAUUUUCAGCAAGUUUUCAAGUUGUAUUAUUGGACCUCACGAUGAUAUCCCUUACCCAGAAGAAACAGAGGAACUUGAUUGGGAAGUGGAACUGGCAUUUGUCAUUGGAAAAGAAGGGAAAAAAAUUGCUGCUAAAGAUGCUAUGUCUCAUGUAUUUGGUUAUACUGUGGCACAUGAUGUCAGUGCUAGGGACUGGCAGAUGAAAAAGAAUGGAAGGCAAUGGCUUCUAGGUAAAUCUAUGGAUGGGUUCUGCCCCCUUGGACCCUGUAUAGUUAUGAAGGAAAAUAUUAUGAAUCCUGAAAAUCUUGGAAUAAGAUGUUCGGUAAAUGGAAUCAUCAAACAAGAAAGUAACACAUGUAAUCUUGUUCAUGGAAUUGAGAAAUUAGUUGUUUAUCUUUCAAGAUUCUUCACUUUGAAACCUGGAGAUGUGAUUAUCACUGGAACUCCUCCUGGGGUUGGUGUUUUUAGGAAUCCACCAGAAUUUUUGAAGAAAGGUGAUGUUGUCACAUGUGAAAUUGAUGAGAUUGGAUCAAUCACCAACAAAAUAAUCUGA